AUGGCCUCAAUCAACGAUGAUGACGAACUUCUCCUGGCCCGUAUCGGGUACAAGCAGGAACUGAAACGGGAAUUCUCAAAAUGGUCCACUGUCAGCUAUGCCAUCUCCAUCUUGGGAAUUCUGGGCUCAGUUCCAGCGACCUUUGGAGCUCCUCUGGCUGCAGGAGGACCAGCUACUGCGGUCUGGUGUUGGUUUCUGGGCUCAUGCAUGGCCAUGUGCAUCGGCAGCUCGGUUGCGGAGCUGGUCUCUGCUUAUCCUACCGCAGGAGGAAUGUACUUCGUUACAAAGCAUGUUGUUCCUGAGGAUCAGGUGCCAAUCUUCUCCUGGGUUCAGGGCUGGUGCAAUCUCUUGGGACAGACUGCGGGCGUUUCCAGCGUGGCUUACACGGUCAGCCAGAUGCUGCUUGCGUGCGCCAGUAUGAACUCUGAGUACUCUUACUCACCGUACAGAUCACUGCUCCUAGUGUCGAGGCGGCUUCAGGGCUAA